AUGAUUUUUCUUUUUAUAGGAAUUGGAAUGGAAGGUAUUACUUGUUUUUUGGCCGGUGCCUGGGGAGCUGCAAGUGGCAACACAUCCUACAGCGAAAAUAUCGGUGCCAUCGGCAUCACCAAGAUUGCAAGUCGAAGAGUGAUCCAAGUUGGUGCUUUCGUGAUGAUACUACUUGGAUGCUUGGGUAAAUUCGGUUCUCUCUUUGUCACAAUUCCUCAGCCUGUGGUUGGUGGAAUGUUUUUCGUCAUGUUUGGAAUGGUUGCUGCUAUUGGAAUUUCCAACCUUAGGAGUGUCUCUCUGGAUUCUUCCCGGAACCUCUUUGUAAUUGGAACUGCUCUCCUUCUCGGCUUGGCUUUACCAUUUUGGAUACAAAAAAAUCCUAGAAUUAUAAAUACCGGAAGUUCCGAAUUUGACCAGAUCCUUAGCGUGAUGCUAGGAACAAACAUGUUUGUUGGAGGAUGUUUGGGUCUUUUCCUUGAUAACACGCUGCCAGGUACAGAUGAAGAACGAGGAAUGUCAUACUGGAAGAGAAUGCGUGAACAAACGUCUUCGGAUAAAAGCCAAGAAAUGAAAAUAUACAACUUACCUGCUUGUUUCCAGCGUCAAAUAGACAAGGUCCAUUGUUUUACCUUUCUUCCUUUCUGUCCCGGCUACAAUUCUUACUUUUCCCGCGCCAUAAAACGCAUCUGCAAAUGCUGCACGACAAAUAAAGAUGCUGAACGAAAAUAUACUGUGAACGAAAAUAAUGGAAAUGAAGUUUUGUAG